AUGUCCACCGGGUGCGUCACGUGAAUUAGUUUGCCAAUGAGAGUAGAAUUGCGCAGCAUCUACCACACUUUCUUCCCCUCACUUCCCACCUGGGCCCUCUGUCAAGACAUGGGCAAGAAGACCGGAGGUGAGGGAGGACGCCAGUGGCUGGCACGGCCGGACCCGCACCUAGGCGUACCACCACACCUACUGGUCCAUAGUUAACAUCUGACCAGGAUUUUGACAAACAACCACAGCCGCACCAAAACGGGUCAGAAGGACAACGAGGAUGACUGGGCUGUCAUGCUUACGACCUGUAUGGGAGGUCAAAUGCGUCUACGGGCUGGAAACCAGGUGCCAGAGAACUGCCAUCGCACACUAGGCUGCGGGGACCAUGGUUGUCUGAUCCUGGUAUAGCAGACGCUCGCAAACCUUAAGGCCCAAAAGGGUGAUACGCAGCCUUGCAUUUAGCCGCACACACACAUACACCCGCUUUGCUUUUUCUUCAGUUUUCUUUACGUCAGUCGAUUUGUUAUUUGAUUGCUCCUGCUCAUGGUCGAUCAGGAGACAUCUCUCAGGUGUACUUCCGAAUAAAAUAUCUCUUCUGCGGGUUUGGGAUCCGCAGCAAUUCCGCUGAAAACGGAAUAGGGCACAGUAGCUAUGACACAGCCAGGCGAUCCCUCUGCGCGGGCCACACACAACCCCCCUCAUCUCAACACAUGCCAGGCGUUAACCAGGGGAUCUUGGACCUCAAAUAUGUGGUCAGGCUUUAAAGGUAACCUUAAGAGCGCGGGCAAUUGCAGUCUAACCCUCGUUCUUGAGUACGACCGAGGUACCACCUUCGGUUAAAAAAACCUUUAGAGCGCCGUAAUAGGUUCGAGCAUGCCAGACUUAUUUUAAUGAGGGAUGUGUUGAAUAACCAUUAGCAUCGACCCCAUCCUUUCUCUCUAACUUCCCCCAUGUACCAAUGACAUGUCGGCCGUCUGACGAGGUCGGGCGCAGUAGUAGGCGUCGAGUGACCUGUCUGUCUAACGCGUUGAUGGUGCCCUUCUUGCGCUUAACAGUGAAACUAUUAUUAUUAUUAUCACCAUCGUUGGUCUUGUUGAGGGUUACCGCUAAGUCACAGUCGUUUAACGCCUGUUUUAAUCUUCUGCGACCUCCGCUUGGGUCUAAUGCAGAUGUAGACGGCUCGGAAACCAAUCUGCCCCCAACGGGGUGGACUGGACUGAAAGUUUUUUUUUUCCUGCCAAACUGCGUUUACGUCCGGUUCUGUUGCCAGGGCCCUUCGAGCCUGCGCAUCCGUUGCCCAGCUCUCGGUGAGUCAUGCUCGUCCGGUCGUUUGUCCGGCUGGGUGCGCCGCGUCUCGCUGCUGAACGAGGCUGCUCCAAUGUCCACCCCCGAUCGAUGGAACGCUUAGCAAAUGAAGCUGCCAGAGCGGUUGCACUUACGCCCCAGCGACCCCCCUGGACGCGUAGGCGGUGAAGUGUUUUUCCCGUACCUUCGAUGGGGGGAGUAAACAUGUGCACUGUGCGCACGGUUCAUGGCCUGGUAACCUCCCUCCCCCCCUUCACCACCUUAGCGCUGAAACGAUCCUUUGGCGGUGGCCGGGUCAGAGGACGUAGUUAGCGCCGUCCUGAUACGGCCGUAUAUAUUUUAUUUCUAUCAGAAUUCAGCCGCUACAUUUCUUCCAGCCCAGAGGAUGUCCAACCUGACGGCAGAGAAGGGCCAACCAGAGACAGAGGAUAUUUAGCGUUGAUGUGUAUUGUUAACAUGAGCGGGAGGCUUACAUGAACAUUCCUGUCCUGCCAAUGCCGUCUUCAACUCGGGACCGGUGGUACUACCUAGGAUUUGGACCACCCUCCCUCCCCACCCCCAUCCCCCAGAUCAUGCAUAAGAGCUGCGCGCGUCAUGUGGCGGGGGGGGGGUGUCUUGCAGUUUGUCAGUGAUUUCAUACUUUAAGUAAUACCUCCCCUCCUCUCUCCACUCCGUUGCAGGGAAAAGAAAGCCCAGCACAAACCGCACGGUCUGCAGGUUCACAGACAGUCGCCGGCAUCAGUGGCGCCGUCUUCCGCCGCCCCCACACCUCUCAUCACUGUGGCCACGCUCAAGUCCGUAUUUGACACCGAAACCCCGCCUGCGGCUGGUGGUGACCUUAGCGCGAAGCUGCCGACCGUAUUCUUCUGCAAUCUGGAUGUGAGUCCUUUAAAAUCCCUGAGUGAUAUUGUCACUAAGAUUGACGAUGAGUUCCAGGCGUCCAUGCACUGAGUAUAUUUGUGAUUGGACGAUAGGCUUGUACUUGUUGGUCCGUCAGGCCUGAUUUGGAUGAUUAUGAUGAUGAUGGGGAAGGGGAAGUGGGACUUGUGAAGCCCCAUUGAGUCAAAACAAGAGCAGGUGGACGCGAGAUAGAACCUUCGGUCUAUCUACACCAUGACACGGCCUGCUCCUCGCAAUGCGAACCAGGCUUCCCACGCGAAUUCGCCAGCUUUCGAGAUACGCGCCCAAUUGUGUCGAAACCGUCACAGAGGUGUGAAUACCGAGUUCGGCAUGGAGCAUGUGACCCGGACGCUAGGCGAGGUCACUGUGUAAUGACUCUUCGUGAGACAAGGCAUCUUAUGUGAAUGUUAAUUCGUCCAAACGACUGCCCCACGUACAAGGGGUAUGGAGUCAGGGCUCUGUAGGAUGUUUUUUUGUGAAUUGUGUUUUCUAGACGCGCAUUGAAUCUUUCCUCAACCCCUGACUGGCCGCCAUUUAGUCCAUUAGGAGCACGCGGUAAACGCCUUUUGAGCAAAUCGACACCCUCCCGGUGUGCUAAUUGGCAUGACACGAAAAAGAGGCGUACAGACAGGAUAUCUCACUUGUCAGACUGGUUUUUUCUUGGCUAAAGCGCAUAAUCUCAACGUCUCUGUCCACCCAGUAUUCAAGCCAAUCUAAAGUUAAUUGCCGGUCAUCUGGGCGUUUUCAUCGGCGCGAUUGACUUCCACUCGUUGCACUCCUUCCCACACUUUUACUGACAGAAUCCCACUACUCCGUUUGCCCAACGAUGUGAGGAAAAGGGUAAGGGGCGUUUACCUACGUUGGUCUUCUUCGACCAUCGGUUUCGAUGAUGUCCACCGUGUGCCCCACAGUUGCCGCAGCAAUGGGUGCAGGGACGGUGACUUACGCAGGGGUUAUAGUGCCAGUAGACUUGCGUAGCAUCUACCUACACUCCCUCCUCCUCCCCCGCCUGAGCCCGGUGUCAAGACCAAGUCAAGAAGACCGGAGACAGGGGAGGCCGCAGGUGGAUGGCUUGGACGGAUCGUCGCCUUGGCGCUCCACUCCGCACCCCCUGGUCCACACGCAAAUGACCAGGAUUUUGACCACAAGACAAUGGGGUGAUGGCAGUGGUCCAGUUGUGCGACGAAUGCCGACAACAGGGUCCGCCAGCGCACCCCGGGAAUGUUGGCAUUUGUUAUUGCGCACAGAUAACGCCUGCCAGUGUCCGAUGUGGCCCCCCUGUUGGUCCAGCGCACACACACUUCACCAGGAUUUUUCACCAACAACAACUACACCCCACAGGGGUCAGAAGGACGAGGAUGUUGACUGGGUAGCCAUGCCCACCACCUGUAUACCACGCGGCAGCACAAGUACAUCUACCGGCAGGGAACUGCCAGAGCAUAUUAGGCUACGACGGUCAUUGUUUGUUGAUAUUUGCAUAGCACACGCUCUCUCAGACCUUUUGACGCUUUCUGGUGGAUACUCCAAUUUAGAAAUUGUUGCUUUUUAUUUUCCUCAGAACUUAACUGGGAACUUGAAGUAGAUCAGUAUAUUCUAGUCUAUAGACUCAGACUGAAAUUUUUAUGCACGACUAUUUGGGCCGAAGAAUAUACCGAUUUACUCCAAGUUCGCAGUUUAUUUCUGAGGAAAUUAAAAAUCAGCAAUUUCUAAAAUGGAGUAUCAACUAGAAAGCAGAGGAGGAAUGUUUGGGGACCCACUUACCAGCUGAACCCCACGCAGUUGUGUCCUGCAGCGGCAGAUUGUCGGCGAAACACGGGUAGUCAGCCUAGGCGCCGAAAGAAUUCUCGAAUUUAGCCGUCGGUGUCGCAAACAGCUCGUACCAGAUUUCUUCGCGUUUAUUCCCUUUGCCAACUCCCUAAAAUGUGACGGCAAAGUCGAUUAGGUGAGAUGACCAGAAACACUACUGGGCUGAACUGACACCGGUGACACUCGAAAAAUCCUUCGCAUUAAUGGUAGAUCUUCCAUACUGACUAAUUUUGUUAACGGUGUGAGCAGCGGCUUUACUUCUGACAACUCAGCCAAGGUCGAGUGUUAGUGUAAGCACUUUGGGGACGUUGUCAACUUUGAUGACACGCCCAUCAUCCCUCUCUAUGCGAUAAUUAGGCGACACAACGGCAAGGCGUCUCGAGACACCAGUAUAUUCUAGCUGAAGUCUGUGAGUCCGGCAUCGACUCUCCGACACCCUGACUGCAUGAGGCAAUUAAGAUGGUGAGAUUUGAUCGUUCCCGGCGGCUGGGGCUUAAGCAUCUCUGUGCCCAUCUUUUACAAGGGCCGAUGAAGGACAUUGCGAGAUCAGCAGUAGCAUCAUAAGCCCCGUCAACCCUUUUUGCGAAGUGUACUUGACUAAACCAAGCUGCAUUUUCAGCCGGAUGUAAACGCACCGAGUUGGCGACGCCAUACCCACCGCCAGCUGGUGAUCAUCCACUUUGUGGGUUUCUGUCCGUCAGUUCUGCUGGGGUGUUACAUAGCCCCCCCCCCCCCCCCUGUAGAUGCCGUACUGUCCUCAGUGCUCCUGGGGAUAAUGGGGGAGGGCAUAGUGACUUCGACUGCUGCUGGGGGGACUUGGUCAUAGGGGAUAAUGGGUAGGGAGUCGGGUGUGCAGAUUGGUAGACGACCGCGGUGGGGUUUGAGUUUGUUGUGAAGGGUGACGCGUGGGGUUGAGAAGCGUCACGUAAGAGAUAGGUCGUGAGGAACAGGGUAUCUAAGACGACAAAGGGGCCUUGCCACGGCUAAUGGAACUUGGUUGACACUCCUCGCUGGGGUAUCGGGUUGUGGUGCAUAACUAAGUCGCCGAUUUGAUGUGUGGUUCCGGUCGAACGGUAGUCGCACUGUGUUUUCUGGUGAGGUGCCGAUCGUCUCGCGCCCCGCGUUAUAGGCGGUCCGAAUUAUUUCGCGGAGUUGUGAGGCCUAUGUGGUAACGGUAGUGGGGUCAGGUACGUCUAAGUGGUGUUGGAGAUCUACUGGAGGACGUAGCUCGCAUCCGCUCCAGAGGUAAUAGGGUAUGAAGACCAGUGGAGGUGUGGAUUGAGCUUCUGUAUGCCAUAAGGCAGAAGGGUAGUUGUGUGUCCCAGUCAUGCUCGUGACUGUCUUUACAAAAGGCGAGAAGGAGGUUGUGAAGGGUGCGAUUGGUUCGUUCGACUAGACCGUUGCCUUCGGGGUGUUAGGGUGUUGUGCGGGUUUUGUUGACGCCCAGAGUGCGGCAAACUUCCUGGAAGAGUCGCGAGUCGAAAUUGCUCCCACAGUCAGUGUGGAAGGCUAGGGGGGACGCCCCAACGGAAAAUCCAGGACCUGCAGGCGACGGAGUUGGCGUCUCGGCGGAGUAGGCGCACCGCUUCGACCCAUUUCGUGAAGUAGUCAAUCCUCAAUAGUAUGUAUUCAUACCCGCGUACGGAUAUCGGGAGCGGCGGGCCGAUAGUGUCCAGCUCCACGCGUUCUCCGGGGAAACCCGUGGUCAUGGGUUGCGUGGGAUGCCCGUACAGGUGAUUUAAAGGACGCGCAUGUAUCGCAGGACUGGCAAAAGUGGUCUGUGGCCACCAGAACCUUGCGUGUGCGGCCACUUCAGUGCGCUUCUGCCCGCAAUGACCCAAGCUGCAUUUUCAACCGGAUGUGAACGCACCACCGAGCUGGCGGCGCCUUGCCCCCCGCCAGCUGCUGACCGCGCACUUUGUUUACUUCGCCGCCACGUUGGAUUCCGUUCAAAAAGUACCCGUGACACGAAACGGAACUAUAGACGAUAUGUCGGCCAAAACAGCCAUCAUGCUGCUGCUGCUGCUGCUCCACCGCCGCGUACGUUCUGGUCUGUUUGGUGUUCGAUCUGAACCCACCGUUCUGCGGUUACACGCGUAGACAGGCUGUGUGUACCUUUGUCAGUCUCUGCGCCUCAGCCUACCCCCCGAUCGUCCUCAGAUCGUCUUGUCAGCGGUGUCAGGUGGGUGAGAGAGGGAUAGAUGCUGUGGAAGUCUGCCAGCACAAGUCUCUGGUGAUACGCCUACCCUGUGGGGCACAGGUUGGACGUCGUUAGUGGCAGUCAAGCUGUCAGGCAGGUCGUGUGAGAGAGACCGAGUUCAGAUGAGGAGUCUAUUUGCCGCUGAAUGAAAAACGUCCUUGACGUUGUUGUCAGGACUGUAUAUCACUUGACAGCGAGCUGGUUGCAGACCACUGUCUUUGUCCUCGUCUGGAUACUUACUUACCUGUACUUGAUACGGCUGCGAUCAUGCCUGAUGGAGCCGACCUCGAUGAUGUCAUGCGUGACGAUCCGCGGCAGCAGAUAUGGACAGCUCCGCCCAUUCUCUUUGCCAGUGACGGCGAUCGAAUACGGAAGGUCCAAGAAGUACCUCCAUGUCGUGACGGACUGCGUCGAGCCAGGUUUUGAGUUGCCCCCCUCUUCGACGCCUCUAAUGGGGCAACGGUGCCGGAUCGAGGGCAGUAACACUGAGCUCCUGGGGUGGACGACGAAGAAUAUGUCCGAACCACCUCAGUCGUCUUUCUUGGAUGGCCUGAGUUAUCCGUGCGCUGUUGUCGCAGCGAGCGCGGACUAUCUCAUUUGAGACGAAGUCGGGGGACUUCACUCGAAGGAUGAUCCUCAAGCAUUCGUGAUCAAAUACCUCCAGUUUUCGCUCCUCCUCCACGCGCAAAGCCCAGCAUUCAAAACCGUAGAGAAGGACAGAUCGGACAGAUGCACGACACACGCGAAUGUAAGUGGCGAUGGAGAGGUCGCGUCGGAUCCAUAGGCAUUUUCGAAGGCCUGAUAAAACCCGGCGGGCAGCAUUGAUUCGGGAGACAAUGUCAGCCUUACUCUGUCCAUUAGGCAGCAGCCUCGCCCCGUGGUAUCUAAAACUGUCUACUUCUUCAAGUUGACAACCAUCAAUCCCGAGGGUUGCCCUCUCCUGGUCAGGGAUGCGGCUUGAAAACACUUUAGUCUUUUAUGGAUAAACCGGCCGAUUUAGCGACCGUGACACCAUUGACUGCAGAUUACCAAAACUUGAAGCAAGUAAGGCGAUAUCAUCAGCAUAGUCUAGAUCAGUCAGUCGGUGUCCGGGUACAAACUCAACACCGUCACCUUCGUGUAGGGUCCUCCCGAGAAUCCAGUCAAUAGCGUAGUUGAGCAGAAUGGGCGACAGGAUACAACCCUGUCGAACGCCAGACCGAAUACCGAACGUUUGGGUAAGAUUGUUGCGGACCAGGACUCUCGCAGUAGUGGAGCGAUGAUAGGCCUUGAUCAUGGCGAUGAUUUUUGUCGGUACACCAUCUAGCGCCAUUAUCCGCCACAGGGACUCACGAUGGACGGACUCUAACGCGGCGGCAAUGUCAACUAGGCAGGCGGCCGUCGGUUGUUGGUAGCUAUGGCGGACUUCGAGAAUGCGCCUCAGUGUAAAUAUCUGGUCUGUGCAUCCACGUCCAGCACGAAAUCCGGAUUGGUUGGGCCUCGUCCUUGCGUAAUGCACAGCCUGGAACGCCUGAGUAGAACAAUAGCGGGGAUCUUCGCAGCAACGUCGAUGGGGCUUAUGUCGCGGUAGUUCUCACAUCUUGUGUUAUCUCCGUUCUUGGGGUACAAGGAUGCCCGAGUCCCAGUUAUCAGGAGAAACCUCGUCUCUCCACGCUCGUCCAAUCACCUCAUGGAGCCAGGGCGCCAUGCGGAACUUGAGCUGACUACUAUGUAAUCAAUCUGAUUGGCUGUAUGGCCGUCGUUUGAAUAUCAGGUCAGCAGAUGUUUUUUGCGAUGCUGAAAACAUGUGUUGGUGACAAGCAGUCGGUUUCGAUCAGCGGAGCUCAGCAAUCUCCCACCAUUUUCACAUUGGGAACCAAGCCCAAAGCGACCAAGAAGCUGACUCGUUGUGGAGUCGCCAGAUCCAGUUCGAACAUUCCAAUCGCCAGCAACAAUCAGCAGAUCGCAGCGAGGCAGUCUUACAACUAACGCUUGCAACUGCGAGUAAAACACCUCUGUAUCGCGCAUUUCGGCAACUGAAGUUGGUGCGUACACAGCGACGAUAGAGAUGUUCGUGAAGUGACCCUUCAGUCGCAUGUAGGUCGUCCAGUCAUUGACUGCUUCCCAAGCAAGUAGCAUGGGAUUCGCUUGCUGCGAUAGGGCGAUCGUCACGCCGUGCCGACCAGAAGAAUCGCGCGGGCCGCUGUGGUGCAGAGUGAAGUGUGAUUCGACUCCAGGGAUCUUUAUUUCGCGGGAGCCUGAGUCAGGAAGUCUAACUUCAGACAGACAGCAGACAUCCAAGUUGUAUUGAUCAAGACUGCGUGCGGUCGGACUUUGGGUAUCGGAGUCCAGGAACGUUCGCACAUUCCAGCAUCCAAUACCAAGAGUCCGUCCCCGAUUGAGUAGUCCAGCUCGCAUACCAUCCGCCCGCACCACUUGACCAGGGUUGCGGAGCGCGUCGGUUCCCGCGGACGCCGUAGCAUGGGUCGUAAUACUGCAGUCGGACAUAUUUCAUGAGGUUUCUUGGGAAUUUCGAAUACGGGCAGGUCCCCAACGGCCGCUCAGAUUAUUUGUUCCAGGUUAUCUCCUCUAGCGUUUUGGCUUAAAAGCCUAACCACAAAGCAGCGGUGGCAAGCAAGCUUAUUUAAUGGCGGUUUACGGUCGCUAUGUCACAAUGCCGUCAUUGGGCUUUGCGGCUUUUUAUAAGCCUUUCAGUGUGUCAGACCUCAGUCCACCGCACUCUGGUAGCAAUGUAGCUGCUGGUCCGCGACUGCUUAUUCGUCAGACCUGCGUCUGUAGCCAGCAGCUAGGCUAACGGGCAACCUACCUUCCCGGUUCGUCUGGAUCCCUGCAAUCGGGAGUAUAACCGUCGAAGGUGUGGGAAACUGGACUGGUCGUGUGGCGUUGAAUAGUCACAAUCGCAGCUCGAAAUACGCGGGACCGCAGCCCUCCUGAUGGGGUGCUUUACGCAAAAAAACCGACGACUGAAUUAUUCCCGCCCGACUGCCAGGCCGUUGAGCUCCUAUCUAUAAAAAUCUUUUUCAGCCGUUCGAUGUACCCAUCUGGCCUUCAACAGGACUGUAUCCCGACGCCCAUUUAUGUUCACCACUGACUGGGCUCUCGGAGGGACGCCGACUGACUGAUCUCAUCCUACAAGCAUCAGGUUUUAAUGAUCUACAGUCUGUGGUGUCACGGGUGAAUGAAAUCUGUCGGGUUGUUCGCUGAUCCUCAGAAUUCGGUUUCCGUCGUUGUAGGGAAGAUAGGUGAGUCACUACGGCCGUCAAGCCUGGAGUUUUGUAGGUCGUAAUAUGAUAAAGGUCGGCUAGAUUAGUUGUAAUCUCACCCGCUCCAAGCGCAGAUCAGUACUAGUAAACCAUGCGUUGACGGUAGUGCCGGUAUAUGCCUCAACCGUUUCCGCUGUAUCGUGGCGGACAGUUGCCAAGACUGGAGCAGACACGAAAGACGCCAUCAUUACCCAACUCAUUUCAUUUCAUUUUGUCCUCACUGCCAAGGUCCGCUAAAUGCGUGGAAUAGCUUUGCCUUAUCAACCCACCCUAUGCACAACAAGACGUCGUCUGUGAGACCCCCCUCCACAUGCCCCAACUGUAACUUCACGUCUCCCUCUGGUGCAGACUCGGUGCGUUUGUUUCCUCCACUGUGACCGCACAUUUCAGUCACACAUCGGCAUAGUGGGACCCCGGUUAAAAUCCUUCAUGCCCAUCCUCCUACCCCCACACCGUAUCCCCACCUUAAGCCACCGAAUGACCCUGUUUGGUCAUACAACAGUUUGACUAUCGCGAACGACAACAUCCACCGCGUGCCCCACGGAGUGGGAUGCAGGACUUGCAAAGCAUCUAUCACACUCUCUUCUUCCCCACACACCUGGACAACAGGAGGUUGGCCUGGGGUGCAGUGAUUAGCAAAGCGCCACGCGCCACACACGGCCCGACAUGCGCCGGUUUCAGUAAGGGUGGCUUGAAUGUCAUAAAGGCCACAUUAAUAUGGAGCUGUUGUAGUCUGACUCGGUUCUGAGAAGGGCCGAGUUACCCCGUUGACCGGUUUAAACCACUACUACUAUUAGCUUUGCGGACGUCUGCUAUGCCAUGAUCAGCAAAUCGUGGCCCUCGCAGCCUGGCGUGCGCUGGCAGUUCUCCGGUACCCCGUUCUCGGGCGGUAGAUGCGGUUGCGUGUAUGGCUGCCCAGUCAUCCACGUCCUUUCUAUUGUUGUUGUUGGUCAAAAUCCCGGUCAAGUGUUUGUUAUGGGUUAGGCGUGGAGCGUCAAGGUGCGGGUUCAGCCGCGCCCUCCCCGUCUUCAGUCUUCCUAACUCUGUCUUGAUGCGGGGUUCAGGUGUGGGGGGGAGGGAGAGAGUGAGGUAGAUGCUGCGCAAGUCUACCCUCACUAUAAACUAACUUACGCGCAAGUCACUGUGUGCCUGCCUCAUCUUGCUGUGGAGCACACGGUGGACAUGGUCGAAUGCGGCGGUCGAACUAUUACACUACCGCGUCGUGAUAAAUCCAAACGCGUCACAAAUAGUUGCGGUCAGGAUGGAUUUCCCAGUGUCGGUCCGACCUCUUUUCCCUCUCCUAGGCCUGGCAACCAACGGGUGAUGGGAUCGGGUACAGUGGGUGACGCGGCGUGCGUGUCACGCACACGCACGCCUGUAUGGCAGUAGUUAGGGGCUGCCUGUUUGGCGCCCCUGCCGUGAUCCGCAUCGUCACAUCUCACCUAGUACUCUUGUCCACAUUGUCUCCACGAAUUUACUCACCACAUGAACUGUUCCGGCUUGUAAGGCUUCAAGCCGGUCCUCGUUUGAAACGAGGGUCAGACUGCAAUGCUCCCUUCGCGUCAACCACUGCCCACAGCAUCAUCCUCGGCCAGCUUGACCAGAAUAAGAGAAGCGGGAGUAAGAUCGCCUCGUCUCAUGCCUAGUGUUUUCGCCAACCAAUGUGCGUAAUUCGGUCUUGCCCACAAAACGUAGUCCCAGUGGUUUCGUUAGUGACCGGACUGUCGCCAGUGAGCCCUAACCUACCCUGUCUGCAUGUUUAGAAGCGCGCCACCUUUUUGGUCUUUUAUACACUGGACUUGAGGCUUUUGCUCGUUGCGUUAACAGAUGCUGACCACCGAGUCGGGCGAAGAACGCUGUUUCGAGAUGAACAAAGCUCAAAGUUGUCACCCUGAACUGUGCCCAACCGCCACUAUGACGGCUCCCAGCUGGGCGGAUGAAGCGGCGGAAGCAAGCCAACAGGUGCUCAACGAGAUCCGGCAGAUUGUCGAGGCCGAGGAGACCGCUGGCACUACAAUCAUCUUCGCAGCCGAGUGUGAAGAACGCAAAAGAGGUGAUUGUCUGUCAUCCACUCAUAUAUAUAUACUUAGGAAGAUGGAAUUCUUUGGGAAACAGUAAGCUUUAUUGUGCAAAUUUUUGAGACUGUUUCCCCGGCUCGUCUUCAGACUACGAGCGUGCAAAAACAAUUAACUUCUAGACCGCGUCUGACAAAGGAUUCUAUGAUUGGUAAAAGUUAUAUUCUCGGGAUUGGUUGAGUCAGUUUGAAUCUGUCCUUAACGAUUUUGUAUGCGGCAUCUAGAUCGAUAUGCCGGUUGAUGCAUGCCUCAUCUGAGUGCAUUGUCUCCAGGAAUUCACGGCCUUCCCUUAUUGGGCAGGCUCCAAUAAUGCGAGUGUUUUCCAAUGCAAAUUUGUGCCUAGUGCCCUGUGUGCAUGGCCACCUGGGAGAGAUGGUCGCGUCUUCUUACCGCUGACGUUCAUGCAUACGGGUUGAGACAGAUUUCCCAAUUUGGCCACAAUAGACGGCAUCACAACUAGAACGUGGGAUUUCGUGAACAACGCGUUUCCUUUCGUGGUAGCCAACCAUGUCCUUAGGGUGUACAAGCUGUGUGCGUAAGGUACAAUAAUUCAAGGGAAAAGGUAUUUCCAGUGCUACGGCCGCUCGGGCACCAAAACCAACUACCUGGCGACCAUAUGUGAAAAAUUUUUCUGAACUUAUCGAAAGACAAAAAAGUACCAGGCACACACACGUCGCACGUUUACAAAGUUCACCCUCCCGUACGCGUCAGACGUCGAGGUCAGGGUUUCCGAAAUCUCCUCGGCCUCCUCAAACCCAGAAGAGCGGACAGACCUGUCGCACACAGUUCGACCCGCUUAAUUUCCACUACUCUUACAUCAGGGACCUUGAGCCUCCCUAACUGCCGAGUCUGCUUUAUGAAAUCAUCGCUGGAUUCCAAGGCCUGUCACCUGACCAGGCACGCGUGUAUACGAGUAGUUCUCCCCGUCCAGGCCGUUGGUCGGAUAAGGUGGAUUCCACCCAGGUCUCAUGAUCGCGAAUUCAUACUUUCCAAGCAAAGCUGUGGUUGUGAGGCGAAGAGAGCAAAAGUUCCUUGGGUUCCCUACUGACCCCUUGAAGUAGCGAGUGCGCAGCAUGUCGCCCGUCGGGUCGCAAGGUAGGAUUAGGGGGAUUGGAGAGGACAGCGUCACUUGACUUGGAUUUAUUGAUCGCACCCAACCAACAAACACGCAGCAGUCUCGAUGGACAGGGCACCAGGGUCGCUUUAUUCCAAUACCAGAAAACUGAACGACCUGACGGCGAUCUCGGCUAAUGCUGAACAUAUUUCCCUCAAUAGGUACUGAAGAAACAGGCACUGCGCAUUUGAAGUAGAUGAUCGGACCCGUUUCUUCCUGACGCACACCAUCAGUGGGGUCGGGAUCGAGCUUCUCCGAUAUAGCUGCUUCCCCAUCCUUCAUGCGCGCGCACAACACCCUCGAACUGCGUUUAGCCGCACAUCCCACACCGACUUACUUUUGAAAAAUGUGUCAUUAUAAAUGCUUUUUUCUCCACGCCCGUCCAACUUUGUCAGCGGGUCCGUUUCUCUCCAUUUGUCUGAUGCCAAAAUACCGACACUCAUGCCCACUCGUCUGGUGAGCAACGGAAACAGUGACCCUGUCAUCUGUCUCCUCCAUCUCGUCGAGGAGCCUGGUGCUGAAGUGGCUGUGUGUCCUCCCGAACUACCACAGUGGAGGCAAACAACCUGAAGCCCGUUGGCGACUGGGCGGUUUGCGUACCACGAGUGGGUGUAAGGUCGCGUGUCAAGAAACAGGUCCCGCGCGGGGCGGGAUUUUGCGCACGCAUCCCGCAUCGAUACUUUCCUUUUUCAAGUGCAAUUAAUAACUGUAAUAGCCCUUAUCGCCUUCCUUUACAGCCCGAAUGCAGCUGAUCAGAAGGCUGGAAGCCAUCAACCACAACCAGACCAUCGAGAACUCCUGA